AUGUGCCAUGUGUCCCAGAGCCUGCCGACAGCAGCCCACGGCAAGGUCAUCCUCGGGGGUGCGAGAGGGGUUGUGAGGGCCAAGGGGGGUUCCCCCCCUCCCCCCUUCCGCGGUUCCUCCCCUCCCCCGCUCGCCUGGCCCCUCCUGGAGCCCAUGGAGAAAAAUCUCGUCCCUUCCCUCUCCCCCGCCCGUCCCCACCCCUCCGCCCGCCCCUUCUGCCCUCCUCCCCCAUCCUGCUCCGCCUCAUGCUCCCCCGUCUCCCACCCAGUUUCCACCAAACCCAACGCGCCAGCAUCCCCCCUGCCCCUUCUCCACUCCGCACCUCCCCUCCCCACUGCGCCCCCCCUUCCCCCUACCUGUGGUCGCCCAUCACUGCUGCGUCCAUCUGCGCCCCUCCUCCUAGUGCCGGGCAAACUGAUAUCCGCGGACUCUCGCGGAGGGAGCGGUAGAGGGGCGCUCACAGGGGGGAUGGCGGCGAAGCGGUGCAGCCGGCGGAGCAUCUCUCCCCUCCACACCAGCAUCUCUCCCCCCCACACCAGCAUCUCUCCCCCCCACACCAGCAUCUCUCCCCCCCCACCAGCAAACUCCUCCUCCACAGUAGCUGCCACCACCAAACACUUGCCUCUCCAGCGCCACCCAUCAUUACCCCACCCUCACGUCCCUCCCCUCACCUCCCUCCCCUCGCCUACCCCUCCCCUCGCCUAUCCCUCCCUAACCUCCCUCCCCUCCCCUCACCUACCCCUCCCUUCAUCUCCCUCCCCUCACCUCCCUCCCUCCCCUCCCCUCACCAACCCCUCCCUUACCUCCCUCCCCUCACCUCUCUCCCCUCACCUUCCUCCCCUCAACUCCCUCCCCUCACCUCCCUCUCCUCCCCUCACCUACCCCUCCCCUUACCUCGCUCCCCUCACCUCCCUCCCCUCACCUGCCCCACUCACCUCCUCCACGUUAGGCGCCAGCACCACACACUUGGCCCUCCCACUGCGCACCGCCUGCCCCACCUCCUUCAGCCCUGCCAGCACCCGCCGCCUCAUCGCUCCCUGUCCUGUGCGUCGUUGCGGGGGGGAUGGGGAGGGAGAGGGGGAUGCAGGGGAUGCGCCGCCGCAUAGCUCCCUGCUCCCAUGCGUCCUUUACCCUGAGGUCCCCGUCUCCCCAUCCACCCCUCCCCCAUCUCCCCCUCCCCCCACACUCGCGCUACUGCGCACGCUGCCACCUGCGCACGCGCUCGCACUGCCGCCCACGCUCGCGCGCCUGUCUCGCCAGCACCACCAUGCAUUUCAAGCGGCUCGAUCGCUUCUUAUUCGGUGUCCGCCUCUCCUUCCCCCACCUCAACCCAAUUCUCUCCAAAGUUGCUGCCUUCACCCACCCCUCCACAGCGCGUCUCCACGCACCCUCUCUCACGCACGCCCUCUAACACCUUUCCCCCGUUUUUCCACUUUUCCCGCCCGUCCCCACCUGUCUCCACCCGUCCGCCGGCGCCUUCUCCCCUCCUCCGCCUCCCCGUUAUCCCUCCCCUCGCAUCAUUUCCGCCGAACCCAAACCACGCGCGCUAGUAUCCACCUAUUCCCCUCCCCUCCUUGCGACUCCCCUCCCGGUUCCGCCUCCCCUUUCCCCUCCGCGCGGCCGCCCGUCAUUUCUGGCCCCGUCAGCGCUUAA